CCGGAGGGCUGCACGCAAGGUCUGUGGGGUCCGGGUGGCUCGCACCUGCUGAGGAAGGGCUGAGGGCCUUGGCGGCUGCGGCGACGACGUUGGCGUCCGUGAGGGGACGGACCCGGGUCAGGAUGCGGCGGAGCCCCCGUCCGGGCUCCACCGUGCCCCCGCACAAGCACAUGCCCAACUUCUACAGCGACAACAGCAACAGCUCAGUGAGCGCCACCUCGAGGGCCAGCAGCGGGCACCGGUCAGCUGGGCCAGGGCCCGGGGAGCCCGAGGGUAGAAGAGCCCAGGGCUCGAGCUGCGGUGAGCCCGCCUUGAGCGCAGGAGUGUCCGGAGGAACCACAUGGGCUGGAAGUCGGCAGAAGCCCGCGUCCCGGAGCCACAAGGGGCCGACCGCCUGUGGCGCGGCAACCGUGAGGGGCGGGGCCUCGGAACCGGCUGGGUCUCCCAUAGUCUCUGAGGAGCCGCUCGACCUUCUCUCGACCCUGGAUCUGAGGCAGGAGAUGCCUCCUCCGCGGGUGUCCAAGAGCUUCCUGAGCCAGCUCUUCGAGGUACUGAGCGUGUUGUUAUCCCUGGUUGGAGACGUGCUGGUCAGUGUGUACAGGGAGGUCUGUACCAUCCGCUUCCUGCUCACGUCUGUGUCUCUGCUGAGCCUCUUUCUGGCAGCUCUCUGGUGGGGGCUCCUGUACCUUGUCCCUCCUUUGGAGAAUGAACCUAAGGAGAUGUUGACUCUAAGUGAGUACCACGAGCGCGUGCGCUCCCAGGGGCAGCAGCUGCAGCAGCUCCAGGCCGAGCUGGAUAAACUCCACAAGGAGAUGUCCAGCGUUCGCGCAACCAACAGCGAGAGAGUGGCCAAGCUCGUGUUUCAGAGGCUGAAUGAGGACUUUGUGCGGAAACCAGACUAUGCGCUGAGCUCUGUGGGAGCCUCCAUCGACCUAGAGAAGACAUCCCACGAUUACGAGGACACGGACACUGCCUACUUCUGGAAUCGCUUCAGCUUCUGGAACUACGCGCGCCCGCCCACGGUUAUCUUGGAGCCAGAUGUGUUCCCUGGGAAUUGCUGGGCUUUUGAGGGCGAUCAGGGCCAGGUGGUGAUCCGGCUGCCGGGUCGUGUGCAGCUGAGCGACAUCACUCUGCAGCAUCCUCCGCCCAGCGUGGCGCACACGGGGGGAGCCAACAGCGCCCCCCGGGACUUCGCAGUCUAUGGCCUCCAGGUUGAUGACGAGACUGAAGUUUUCUUGGGGAAAUUCAUUUUUGACGUGGAGAAAUCUGAAAUUCAGACUUUCCACCUGCAGAAUAACCCCCCAGCUGCCUUUCCCAAGGUGAAGAUCAAGAUUCUAAGCAACUGGGGCCACCCUCGCUUCACUUGUUUGUAUCGAGUCCGUGCCCAUGGCGUGCGACCCUCAGAGGGGGCAGGGGACAGUGCCACAGGGGACACUGGGGGGCCCCAUUAAACCGACUGAUGUUGGAGUAGAAUGGAGGUCUUUGCUGAAGGAAGCUGAAUCAGUUUUGGCGGGUGCUCUAUUGGGGCCCUCGCUGCCUUUGGCAUAUAAGUAUGGUGAGGUUCUAUCUCCAAUGCACCUGUUUUCUUUGAGAAUUCCAGGUCAAUAUAAUAGCAGCAGCUAUUAUAGAAUGCAUAUACAAGAAACGGUGCUCUGGACAUUAUACAUGUAUAUGACUUAGUCCUCAGAAGCACAGGGGAAAACUGCUUAGGUAAGGAAACUUGCUCAAGGUCACACUGCUAGUGAAGUGCAAAGCCAGAGCAGGACUCAGGCCUUCCUCCUGAGGCCAUCCUCUUUAACUGCAGAGCUGCCAGUCCGCCUGGAGUUAAGCUUGGGUUCCUCAAUCUCCACCCCCAACCUCUGGGAAACCUCCCCAACCCUGGCUAGAUGCAGGGGUAGAUGGAGAAGGGACUAUCAGUUUUUUUUUCCAGGUACUUAAAAACUGAGGAGACCUGAACCUCUAGGAAGCUCCUGAGUCACAGAGGUGAUGGAGACCUGUUACUUUUCAGGUCAUCAUUACUAAGACCAUGCCAGGUAUAGUGUAGGUGGUGUGGUGUUACCAGUCUCUUUUCUCAAAACAUCUUUUAGGGGAGAGAAGAUGCUCCAGGAAACAGAGCAAUUCAUUUACAAAUGCAAGGAUUCUUUACUCUAAGGGUCAAAAGUGGAAUUGGAGGAAUAAGGGAUGGAGGCAUCAAAGGAUUGAUGAGUUCUCUGAGCAGAGAAUAAGAAAAGGCACCAGCAUGAGCAAAGGAACAUGCAACAUCUUGGCUUGUUAGGAUCCUUCCCAGUGUGUUCAUAUUCUGGAAGAAUAUACAGACUAUUAACAGUGGUUACAUCUCUAGGAAGUAGAAUUGGGGGUGUUUAACAUCCAUCUAUUUGAAGUUUUGGGAUAGUUUGUAAUUUGAAGACAAAGGAAAAAAAAAAGAUUCUACCCAAUGCUCUGAAAGCCUGAAGUUAGAAAUGUGAACUAGUACAGAUUUUCUAGAGGUAGUUUCAUAAUAGAAAUCAAAAGCCUUAAACCUUCUUAUACCCUUUGAUCACAGGAAUUCCAAUUCUAAGAAUGUAGCCAAAGAAUAUAAAGAUGUAUUCAAAGAUAAUUCCUAUAAGGAUCCUCAUCACACUUGUUUAGAAAAAAACAAACCGGAAAUUAGUAUCCAAGUAAAUAAAUUACACCACAAAAUAAUAUUCAGCCCAUAUAAAUAGAAAUAAUAUAAGAGAAUGCCUCAUGUCAUAAAUUAAUUUUUUAAAAAGCAAGUUAGAUUAGCAAAUAUACAAAUUUGAAAUUUCCAUAUUAAGAGUCCUAUGUACCAAAGCAACAGACUAGGAGGAAAUAUUUAUAAUAUGUAUAAGAGACAAAAGAGUUUAUAACAGAAUAAAGACUGUAACCCCCCCCCAAAAAAAAUAUGUAUCUAUGACUAGGCUAGUGAGGAGUAUAAAUAUAAUUCAUAAAUACAUAUAAAACAAUGUCUAACCUUCAUAAUUAAAUAAAUCCAAACUAGAAACAAGAUUCUUUUUUUGCCUGUCAAUUAACAAAAAGGGUAAACUGACCAAAACUUUUUAUUAUAGAGGGCAAUUUGAUAGUAUCUAUUAAUAAAUUUUAAAUAUUUAUACCCUUUGAUCUAGUAUUUCCACUUCUAGGAACAAAUCCUUCAGAAACAUUCCUAUAAGUACACAAAAAUAAUUGUGUAAGGAUGUUUAUUACAGCAUUGUUGUAAGAACAAAACUGGAGGUGACCCAAAUCUCCAUCAUAAGGGUUUGGCUAAAUAAGCAGUGUUACGUUUGUACAAUGGAAUAACAUGUAGGCAUUAAAAGAUAAAAUGUAGGCCAAAAGUUCUUAGGGUUAGACUACCAAAAUAUAUUAAUAAAAACCAUGUAUAAACAGUAUGUAUAAUAUCCUAUUCAGGAAAAAAAAAUUUUUUUUGGAACUCUAUCCUGAAAUGUUAACCAUCUGUCAGACCUGGGAAGGACAGGGGCCCUCACUGCUCCAUUAUCCAUUUCUGUAAUAUUUGAAAUUUCUACUAACAUUACUUUUAAAAUUAGAAAAAAAUUUUAAGCAUGCUAAAAAAACAUAGUAUGUUCAAUAUUUUCGUAAACUAAAAAAACAAACAUGUAUAGACUGUAAAUAAAGGACUAAAAGGUAUAUACCGAAUGUUUUAUAGUGAUACAGGAGUUACUUAAAUUUUUUUCUACAGUGAAUGUAAUUAGCUAUUAAAAAGUUCAGGCUUGAACCUAUCUUGAACUUGAACUACCACUGUUUCCUACUCCAGGAAGUCUAAAAUAGGCCUUGCUCCAUCUUAAAUCUCACCCCUCCCUUGUUGUCUGCAUUCCCAAGUGUUUGGGUUACAUUCAAUCUUUGCAUUUCCAAAAAUAUUGAGAGUCACUGUCUCCAGAAUGAAUGGAUAUGUGGCCAGGAUGCCCAAUUUAAUAAUAAAUUAUUCUUUGAGUGGGGCUAUUAUGCCAGAGGCAUCCUUCACCCAAUAAUUUCAUAUACAUAGCUAACAGCAGCCUCUCAGCAAAAAAACACAUGGGACAGUGGCAAAGCUGUAGUCUUCAUUGGUCUUUAUUGAAUAGCAGCAGGGACAAGCAAGUGGGAUCAACGGCAGAAAUAGCAGGAACAAAUAUAAAAGUAUAAAACAUAAAGUGCUAGCACUGGGAAGUGUGUGUAGGGUUGAGCCAUGGCCCAGAGGGAUUUUGAGGACAAAGGGCUGAGGACUGGCCACAGCCUAUCCUCCAAAAGACCCUAGGCCUGGGCAGCCUGUGCAGGGCCCUUGGCUUGAGAAGUAAGCGGUCUGACUGGGGCCCAACCCUGGGCCUUGAAGUAGGAAACCAACUGUGUGGGUACUUCUGCAAGCACAUUCUGCGCCAGUGCCUCCCGAGGGGCCUGCCAGGAGAAGAGAGGCAAGGUCAGCAGUGGCCCGUAAUAGUCUCCCAGGGUCUACAUUUCAUGGGAUGAAAAGGCAAGUAUACCCUGGGCCUCAACCCAACUCAGAUGAGAGAGAAGUGGAAGGGUAAACUCCCAGAUCUGCCCUGCCCCCAAGCCUGGCCCUACUCACAUUCUGGAAGCGGCAGUAGGGCACAAACUGCACUAUGUCGCGGGCAGCCACCUCCCCAGAUCGUGUAUGCAGGGGCCCACCAUCAGCGUCUAGCUGCUCCAUGGCCUCGAAGUCAGCGCUGCCCACACCCACGAUGAUCACUGACAUGGGCAGGUGUGAGGCGUGCACCAGAGCCUUGUGUGUGGCCUCCACAUCUGUCACAGCACCAUCAGUCAGCAGCAACAGCACGAAGUAUUGCUGGAGGUAAGCCCAUCCAUUGAUGAAGGAGACCCUCCCUCCUAAAGCCGUUGCAGAGAGCCCAAAGUGCCCCUCUCCAGAAGAAUGCCUCUCUCAAAACAUUGAACACCCCAGCCACACAUUUCCAAAGUGAAAAGAUGACCCUUGACCGAGACCACCCCCACACACACCUCCUCCCACACCCCUCACCGAGGCAGUCCCUUGAUGUGCAGCCUGGGCUGCAAACCUGGCCACAUGGUUGAUGAUAGGUGCAAAGUUGGUGGGGCCAUAGAGACGAACUUGGGGCAGGGCUUGGCGGUAGGCAUCCACAAUGCCCUGGAUGCCUGUGGAAAAGAAGGGCAAAAAAACCCACUAUCCUGGUGUGUGGGCAAAACCCUGCAGUCCUGAGAAUCUGGGUACAUUUCAUUAAAUCACCUUCGUGACCCAGAGCACUUAAUUCUAUCUUACGUGUAAACUAAAAAGAGAGGAAGGGACUCAGACUGGGGGAUACCACUGUCAAUUCUAGGACUGUUCAAGCAUUAGAAUUCAUACAUAUAUUAAUGGGGAAAAGGGAAAGCUCUUCCUAAUAAAUGUAGAAGGGGGAAUUAUAAAAUCACUUGAUACUCAUCAUAGAAAUAAUUGAUAAAACAAGCAAGGAUCAUCAAUGGAUGCUAUGACUUAUCAAUAACAAAAUUCAUAUAACCUCAAAUUAUCUUCUUUAAGGGAAGACUACCCGGUAGACACUAUCUUCACUGAGUAGUCGAAGUUAACAUGACCAGUAAUGGGAAUCAUAUGCCUCCUGAUAUGAUGCACUGGGAGUACACAGCACCACUUCUUAUUCCUGCCAAAAUGUAUAAUCUUAAUCCAAUCAUGAGGAAAUAUCAGGUAAACCCAAAUGGACAUUCUACAAAUUAUUUGGCCUACACGAUUAAAAAUUGUCAAUAUUUUCCCUCAUGGAACUUUGUGGUGGUUAUCUGGUUAUCUUUUAUUUUUGCCAUUUUUACCUGUCUUCUAAAAUUAACUUAAAAAGUAAACAAGUAAAAAAACUAAUCUCAGUAUCAUGAAAGAUAUGGAAAAACUCUUCUAUGACAACUGAAUGCAAUGUGUAAUCCAGAAUUUUCUUUUGCUAUAAAAGACAU